UGGUUCUGUCUUUAGCCUUAUUUUUCUCUCACGCGAAAAGCUCUCUGAUAUUUUAUAAAUCGCCGACGAUUCGAUCUCGAGAGCUUCUGGGUUUGUUUCCGUAAGUCGAUUCGAGAUUCUAGGGUUCGUUGUUUCAGUCUUCUUCUUCUGCUUUCGUGACGCGUUUUGUUUGGUUGGUUCACGGAUCUUUGGGGGCGAUUUUUGUUCUAGGGUUUCUGUAAAUUUCCCCUCUUUUCCGGAAAAUUACUUCCCUUUGAUUGGUUUCUUCGUGUAGAGCUCGGAGCUGAGGUUGAUUGAGGUUUCAAGUUCUUGUCUUGGUUUGAAUUGAAGUUGAUUCCCGUAGGAGGAGGGCUUGUGACGAUUCAGCUAUUAGAAGCUGCUAAUGGUCUCUUGCAAAUUGUGAAUUUUUAGAAGCGAGGAAGGGUUAUUUACAUUUGUUGAAGUUCUUUCUUGCCAAAAGAGAUGGUUGAGAGUGCUGCGUUCCCAGGAGGGUAUUACCGGAACACUUUCGAGGCAGCGCCUGAUGAAUCAGAGGGCUCUGGAAGCUCUGCGCAGAUUGAUACCGAGGUUACUGCUUCUGAGAAUUCAAGCACCCCUGCACGAAAGUGUGUUAAGUUGAGUCCCGAUGAUGAAGAUCCUUACGGUGUCCAGAGACAAGUCAUUUCUCUGUAUAACAUGUCGCAAUCCGAGAGGAAAGACUUGAUUCAUCGGCUUAAACUGGAGCUAGAGCAGACUAAGAUAGUUCUUAAGAACGCUGAGUUGCAGAGGUUGAACACACCCUCUGUGUCGUCUACUAGUGCGAGGAUGGGUUGCAACUCUUCUCAGAAGCCAUCAUCUCGUGUCAGCAACUCGAAGAGGCCAUCUGAUUUUGCGAUGGGACCGGGAAAGAAUGUUAGGCAUCAGCCUGGGACGGCUCCUUCUCGUGGAUGGAACCGUGGCUCCUCGGGGAAGUUUGAGUCUUCUUCCUCGAAAGAGUCUAUUCCCAGCGCUACUAACGUGAUACUGAUGAAGCAAUGCGACACGUUGCUGAAAAAGCUUUGGUCCCAUCCGCAUUCUUGGGUUUUUCAGGCGCCGGUUGAUGUGGUGAAGCUUAACAUACCGGACUAUCUCACUAUCAUCAAGCAUCCCAUGGACUUAGGGACGAUAAAGAAGAACUUAGCGUCUGGUGUAUACUCAAGCCCACAUGAGUUUGCUGCUGAUGUGAGGCUUACAUUUACAAACGCGAUGACGUAUAACCCUCCAGGGCAUGAUGUUCACAUUAUGGGGGAUAUCCUAAGUAAACUGUUUGAAGCGCGGUGGAAAGCUAUCGAAAAGAAACUACCAGUGACUCUGCCUGCGAUCACAGUGGAGCCUCGUGACGAGAAGAGAGCUGCUGUAUUUGUUCCUCCGGCCAAGAAGAGAAAGAUGGCUUCUUCACCUGUUAGAGAGAGUGUUCCUGAGCCAGUGAAGGCACUUGUGAUGACAGCAGAGGAGAGGCAUAGAUUGGGGAGACAACUCGAGUCACUACUGGAGGAACUUCCUGCGCAGAUCAUUGACUUCUUGAAGAAACACAGUUCAAAUGGAGGAGAAAUUGCGGAAGAUGAGAUCGAGAUAGACAUCGAUGUUCUCAGUGAUGAAGUGCUGUUCAGUCUUAAAAAGCUUCUGGAUGAACAUAUCCGAGAUAAAGAAGCGAAGCAGUCGAAUGUUGAACCAAUCGAAAUAGAGCUUCUCAAUGGAUCAGGACCGAGCAACUCGUUGCUGCAACGAGGAAAUGAUAUGGCUGAUGAGUACGUCGGUGGAAACGAACCUCCUAUCUCCAGGAGCUCCAGUGAUUCUGAGUCUGGGAGCUCUGAAGAUCAAUCUGCUGACGCUAAACCCAUGAUCCAAGAGGGUGCUUCCAAGAUACCUGAAACUACAAAUUCCGAGGCUCAAAGAGAUGAAGAUGUGAGGAUUGAUGAUGGAAGUGAAUCUAAUGGUGCUCCGGAGCAAAUGGAUCUUUCAACUCAGCAAAAGCCUAGUUCUGAUGAAACAGAUGGUCAGCCUGAUGGAAAUACACUGGAGAAUCCGGUUUCAUCUGAGAAAAAAUAUAGAGCUGCGCUGUUGAAGAACAAGUUUGCAGAUAUCAUUCUAAAAGCACGCGAGAAAACACUUCCACAGAAUAGUAGUAAGGGCGACCCGGAAAAGCUUCGCAAGGAAAGAGAAGAACUCGAACUGAAGAAGAAGAAAGAGAGAGCACGGCUACAAGCUGAGGCAGAGGCAGCUGAAAAUGCUCGUCGCCAAGCCGAAGCAGAGGCCGCUGCAGAAGCCGCUGCUGAGUCUAAGCGGCAGAGAGAAGUUGAAAGAGAAGCCGCUCGCCAAGCUUUAUUGAAGAUGGAGAAAACUGUAGAGAUCAACGAGAACUCGCGGUUCCUGGAGGACCUAGAGAUGCUGAGAUCAAGUGUGCCGGAGCAACUGCUUAGCUCAGUAGAUGAAAUCAGCCCCGAGAGAACUUUAGACGCCCUUGGAAGCUUCAACCUCGGAGGAAUGAACCCUCUUGAGCAACUCGGACUGUAUAUGAAACAAGAUGAUGAUGAAGAUGAGCCCGAGGCCCCUCCUGCUGUUCCAAAACUAGCCACAGACGUGGAAGAAGGUGAAAUCGAUUGAAAAAUAAGUGUAAACAUGUAUGAAUCUCUUUUAUCAAAAAAAAAAAAAAAAAACAUGUAUGAAUCUAUAGCCAGGGCCGGUACA